ACAAUCGCUUAUUGAUAAUACCCCGUAUUUACGCCUGUGGUCUCCAUAAUUAUUGGUCAUUGCUACUUUGCUUAGUAAUGGAAACCGUCAAACAUUCUCAAAAAAAUUCCCGCACGCGAAUGACGAAACACGACCCAGUGGAAACUCCUGCUGUCUCAGAUAAAUCAGUUUGUUUUCUGCAGCGCGAGAAGAGACAAUACGAAGUGAGAAUUGUACUCCAGAAAUGGAAUAAUGAAGAGAUAACAAGAAAUUACCCGUCAGUACUCUGUGCACACAAUGAAAACGGGAAAACGAGUUGACAGGAUGGAAUUGGCCUGUAUUUGCCUCCUGGGAAUUAUCCAAUUAUCGCAUCAGUGGUCCACACCAGAGGCAAAUACGUACAAAGCUGCUGUUGUUGAAUUCAACCCGCAAGUUUCAAAUACCAAUGAGUCCCCCAUUGAUACGAAUAGUCAAGAAUAUGUGAGCUUUAUUCAACAGGCAGCCGCUUCGGAAGUCGACAUAAUAGUAUUCCCUGAGGAUGGUCUGACUACUAUGAAUUUACCCGACCGAAAAUCAAUGGAAUUUUGGUCAACACUCAUCCCACUUAAUUAUAAUCCCUGCAUUCAGCACGACAUAACUGUUCACAAUGCACUGAAGAGAAUAUCGUGUGCAGCGAGGGAGGGUAACAUGUACGUUGUCAUCAAUAUUGCCGAGAAAUUGCCGUGUGAUGGUGAACGAUGCCCCGAAGAUGGGAAAUUUUUCUUCAACAGCCAAGCUGUCUUCGAUCGCGAAGGAAAAAUAAUAGCAAAAUAUCGGAAAACUCAUCUGUUCGACGAGCCCCAAUUCGACAUUCUCCAAAAUCCAGAAGUAGCAACAUUUGAUACGGACUUCAACGUAACAUUCGGAACAUUUAUCUGCUUCGACAUGCUGUUCAAAGAGCCAGCCCUAAACCUUACGAGAAUUCACCACGUAACAGACAUUGUCUAUUCAACCGCUUGGUUCUCCGAGCUGCCCUUCUUAAUGGCGAUCCAAGCGCAGUCCCAAUGGGCAUACUCCGAAGACGUUAAUUUCCUGGCAUCAGGAUACAACAGGCCCUACCUAGCAAGUUUCGGAAGUGGAAUAUACCUGGGGAAAAAGGGAAUUGCAAAAGCGACAAUAGGCGAGAGGGGUUCGGAGAUUCUCAUCGCGGACGUGCCUAAGAAGUGUCGGCAGCUUCUAACAGAAAGUAUCAAAGAUUCACAGCACAGGGAAUUCCCAGCAAAAACCACUGAACCAAGUCACGAUGAAUUCAGAAGAAAACGAUCUGAACAGACGGAAUUGGGAUUGGAACGUGAUUCCCAUUCACCAAGUGAUUUCACCCUUUGGCAAGACCCUGGCCUUCCUGAGUACGAAACACGUCCCAUCAACUCGAUAAUCAGGCAGGAGAAACUCUGCCAGAGAGACUUUUGUUGUAACUUUACCGUUGAAACGUCAUUUGUCGAUCGGGGGAAUAAAUACAGACUGAUGGUGAGGGACGACAUCAGGACAUUUGUGAAUACAACCACCAUAGGAUAUCAAGUCUGUGGAAUCGUUCUCUGCGGUAACGACUCUAUCAACAGUUGUGGACAGCGAAUGAAUUCAGAAACGAUAUUCACUCUGGUGAAAAUCACCGCAACUUUUGUCAAUCGAGAGAAUCUCCUAAUACUUGGAAUCUCAUCAGAUGCAUCACUCAUGCCACUCGAGUGGACAUACAGUGAGAAAAUCGAGGGGGAUAAAAUACACAUCGAGGCUAUUCUCAAUAAUCCUACGAAGAACGUACAGACGCUUGGUCUGUAUGCAAGAAAAUUCGAAAGGGAUGUAUUUCCACCCGCGCGAUCUCUAGGAAGUACCCAACUGUCAACAAGUAUAGCUAUUCAGUCUUGGUUCUUAGUUCUUCUGGUGAUAGCCUUGACGACUUAUCUAUGCUAUCAUAAAUACAGUGAUUACAAACGCAGAAAUGGAGCGAAAAAAGACGCAGUACAUGAAAGACUCAAAUAAUUUGAAAUUGCCUUUGACGUACUAUUUUUGUAAAGAUAACCUUGGAUAUUCGGAAAAGACUUUCUAAUUCCAUAUUCUCAUAGGUCAUGUAUUUCUUCAUAAUUCUCAAUUUACAAUUGGUAUAAUUAAAAUACAUUGUAUAUUUCAACCAACUAAAAUAAUCGAUGACUCGUGUAUAAUCGAGUGUGCAUUCAAGUAAACAGUUAAGCCUAGUCGUUUUGUUAGGCCAUCUGCAGUAAAAUUGCACUAUCUGCAAUUCGGAAAUUUUAAAAAUAUAUAUUCCUCAAUUUCCGACCCUUGGUGCAUUAUCAAUUUGAUUGAUCAUGGGUGCAGGCGUAUUAAAAAUAGAUGAUUGUGGCAUUUUGUUAAAUCUAUCCAUUGCAACUCGUUAAACAUCUCAUCAAAGCACAAUUCAUCAACUCCGAGGUUAUAACUGAAACUAUAAAAUAUAUUGUAGAAACUGAAAACAGA